CGCUCUUCCGUUCACGUGACAGUCACCCCAAUGAACGGUUCUCCUCCAUUCUCGAAACUCUUUUUUUGUUUCUCCCAAAGUCCCAUCCAUCACUAACAUCUAUCUCACUUCCAAGUAUCAAUCAAAAAAAACAAUCUCACUCCGAUCAUCGAAUCAAAGAGAACCGAUGCUCGCCUCGCCUGCUUAUUCCCGCGCUGCUUCCAGUUUCCCCCCGGCGCUCCACUCCUCUGGUAAUGUCUUCACCGGCUUCAUUCCCAUGGGGAAAGUGACCGGAGCUCCGGUUUGUACCCGUCGCUCAACGCUUAAGGUCACUUGUCGACGCGCACGAGAACGCGUGAUAGAGGAAGAAUCAUCUCAAAUGGCGGAAACUAAUAAACAAUCCUUCAAAGUUUCCUCUGGCGAGAAGUCUCCUCUUGGUGUCUCCCAAGUUGACAAAGGAAUCAACUUCGCUCUCUUCUCUCAGAACGCCACUUCUGUCACACUCUGCUUAUCACUUCCUCAGAGUGAUGAGAAGGAUGAUGUGGAUGUUGUGGAGUUGGUUUUGGAUCCCAGCGUAAACAAGACUGGAGACACGUGGCACAUUUUUGUUGAGGAUUUGCCACUCAGAAAUGUUCUUUAUGGUUACCGUGUUGAUGGUCCUGGAGAAUGGAACCAAGGGCAUCGCUUUGACAAUAGCAUUCUGCUUCUGGAUCCUUAUGCAAAGCUUGUUAAAGGCCGGAGCUUUUUUGGAGAUAGUAACCAGAAGUUUGCUCAGUUCUAUGGAACUUAUGACUUUGAGACCUCUCCAUUUGACUGGGGAGAUGACUACAAGUUCCCUAACAUCCCCGAGAAGGAUCUUGUUAUUUAUGAAAUGAAUGUUCGUGCUUUUACUGCGGAUGAGUCCAGUGGGAUUGAUCCAUCUACAGCAGGAAGUUACCUUGGUCUCGUUGAGAAGAUACCACACCUUCUGGAUCUGGGUAUUAAUGCAGUGGAGCUAUUGCCAGUCUUUGAGUUUGAUGAACUUGAGCUUCAGAGGCGUCCUAAUCCUAGAGAUCACAUGGUUAACACAUGGGGUUACUCGACAGUUAACUUUUUUGCUCCAAUGAGCCGUUAUGCUAGUGGCGAGGGAGAUCCUAUUAAAGCUUCCAAAGAGUUUAAGGAAAUGGUCAAAGCCUUACAUUCUGCUGGUAUAGAGGUUAUUUUGGACGUAGUUUAUAAUCAUACCAAUGAAGCUGAUGAUAAGUACCCUUAUACCACUUCAUUUCGUGGCAUAGACAAUAAGAUUUAUUACAUGCUUGAUCCAAACAACCAACUGCUUAACUAUUCCGGCUGUGGAAAUACACUGAACUGUAACCAUCCUGUUGUUAUGGAGCUAAUACUAGAUAGCUUAAAGCACUGGGUCACGGAGUAUCAUGUGGAUGGUUUCCGAUUUGAUCUUGCUAGUGUGUUGUGCCGGGACACAGAUGGAUCUCCACUCAGUGCUCCCCCACUCAUAAGGGCAAUCGCGAAAGAUUCUGUUUUGCCAAGAUGUAAAAUAAUUGCAGAGCCUUGGGAUUGUGGAGGAUUAUAUCUUGUCGGGAAGUUUCCAAAUUGGGAUAGGUGGGCUGAGUGGAAUGGGAUGUACAGGGAUGAUGUUAGAAGAUUUAUCAAGGGUGACUGUGGUAUGAAAGGAAGCUUUGCUACUCGGGUUUCAGGAUCUUCUGAUCUUUACCAGGUUAACCAGCGGAAGCCUUACCACGGUGUAAAUUUCAUAAUUGCGCAUGAUGGAUUCACAUUGCGAGAUCUUGUAACAUACAAUUCUAAGCACAAUGAAGCCAAUGGAGAAGGAGAAAAUGAUGGAUGUAACGACAAUUAUAGCUGGAACUGUGGUUCGGAAGGAGAAACUGGUGAUGCUCACAUCAAGUCCUUGCGUGUUCGACAAAUGAAGAAUUUUCAUUUAGCUUUGAUGAUUUCUCAGGGAACACCAAUGAUGCUAAUGGGAGACGAAUAUGGACACACCCGAUAUGGUAAUAACAAUAGCUACGGACAUGAUACUGCUCUCAACAAUUUCCAGUGGAAAGAGCUCGACACAAAGAAGGAGAGCCAUUUCAGGUUCUUUUCAGAGUUGAUCAAGUUCCGACAUUCACACCAUGUACUCAAGCACGAAAAUUUCCUCAGCAAAGGCGAGAUUACGUGGCAUGAAGAUAAUUGGGACAAUCCUGAGAGCAAGUUCCUAGCUUUCACGCUCCAUGAUGGUGUAAGCGGCCAAGACGUCUAUGCGGCUUUCAAUGCCCAUGACUACUUUGUCAAGGCUCUGAUUCCACUGCCACCGUCGGGAAAGCAAUGGUUCCGUGUGGCUGACACAAACCUCGAGUCACCGGAUGAUUUUAUAAAGGAAGGUGUGGCAGGCGUGGCUGAGGCAUACAAUGUGGCUCCAUUCUCUUCCAUCCUUCUCAAGUCCAUGUAAAAUAAAGCACAUCCUUGUAAAAGAUCCUCAAGUGUCUAUUUGAUUAAUAUGUAAAAUUCUAAAAUAGACGACAUUUCCAAUCAAAAGAUACAAUAUAUACAUUUAUAUAUCGAA